AGAAACUGAAUUAUUUUAUUUUAAACAUCUUUUUUCUCACCUCCUAUCAAUAAUUAUACGUAAUUGACCCGAAGUCACCAGAUGUUGUUUUGUUUUGGUCAUUGUCAAUUGGUGUUUUGUUUUCAUUGUCAAUUACGGAAUGCCAUUGUGGAGUGCUCUAAUCUCUUGUCCUACAUUAAUCUCCAAUCGCUGAUGAGUUAAUUUUUUAUUCCUCUGAACUUUGAGCUGUACAGAUCUUUUGUGUCAUUAGACAGGAAUAAUGAGGAGAUGUGUAGAGUCAGCUGAGGUUAACCAUGGAGUUUCCAGGUGAAGCACUGGUGCAAUUGAUUUUCCAGGAUUAAAUCGUUAUCAAUUCAUCACGAAAUAACUGAUGAGCAGGCAAGUGAAGGAUGGAGGUGGUUGGGGGCAUUCCUGUCGAGUGUUUGACUCCUGGAGAAUUGGCAGGUGUGUGGUCUGGCUGGACGAGCAUGGGAGAUCGAGAGGUUGUCAGAGAGGCAUCUGCCAAGGGCAAUCACAUCAAUCUAGCUUUCAAGUUCCUUGCUUAUCGUAGACACUGGACUAUUGCAGAGGCUCAGAAGUAUUUUUAUUCUGAGGUCGAGGUUUGGAUUGGUGAAUUGCUGAUGAAAAAACAAAUUCAUCGGGCAUCGCAUAUUCUACAGAAAGUUGGAAAAGAUCCAAUAGUCUACAUCACUGACAUUUGCAUAAAAAGUAGAGACCCUGAAUUACGAGAUUACUUGGCAAGUCAUGUGCUGAAGCAUGAAGGAUUUUCUGAGGAUCAAAUUGAUGCUUGGGAGCUUAUUAAAUGCAUCAAAAAAUAUGAGACAAUUCAGUUGUCAAGAGACACCCUUGACGGUCACUCCAUCGAGAAAAUUUCCAUCGAAGAAAUGCUGAAUCUUCCUUCUCAUAUUAAAACCCCACUUUUGACUGAACUAUAUUUUCAUACUUAUGAGCCUUGCCUCUCUAAAAAAUUAAAGAGCUCCGCAGUCUGGGAUUAUCUCCUAACUGAAGACAAUAUAAAACUCUUAAUUAAGUGGAUUGACAGAAAAUUUGGAGAAGAACUAUCGAGAAAUCGUGAAGAACCACAAGAGGAGCAAAAAUCCCAUCUUAUCGAUGUGUUUGAUAUGCUUGAAAUCACACCGGAAAUGAUAGAAAGGAUCGAGCUAUCCAAUAUGUCCUUACCAUUCAAAGAAAUUUUGCUCAAUCAGCUGUGUAAAUAUGGAAUUUGUAUCAGUAAAGAAAGGAAUGAUAUGAAAUUAACUCUAGCCAGAUUUUUCAGCGCUGAAGUCACUCCCAAGAAUUUUGAUAAAAUUUUAUCCAUGAGCUCUUGCAAUUUGGAUAAGGAAAAUUUUUCAAGAAAGAAGCACUCUAUUUUAUUUUAUCAAAAUGAAGAGAACUGUGAUGAUAUAAUGUAUUACCAGGAUGACGAAUUAUUGAGAUCGUUGAGAAAGUUGAAGGAUUCAGACGAUUCAGUGAGAGAUUUAAUCACUGCCAUUUGUCAGACUAUCCAUAAAAUUGCAGAUAACCCCCAAAAUUAUUUAAAAAACGAGUCUCUGCUCGCCUUUUAUUUAAUUUUCUUGUCAUAUCUGGAAUCCAAAGCAAGCGGACAUAAUAAAGAAGACUUUCCAACAUUCGAGGAAUUUUUAACUACUCGAACAGAUUUAAUGGUUGAAGACAUCGAAAUUCCAUCCGAAAUUAUCACAGAAUUACUCCAGAAAAUUCCAUAUCUUAAAGACUGCCUCCAUAACAGGGAAAAAGAGAGCGAUAUUACUAUGUACCAACUGUUGGACGGCUUCAGGAAUCUUAAUGUUCACGAGCUGUUCAGGUGGAGAUUCCAGAAAGAACAAAUGCCUAAUUUUGCUAAUGCGAGUUUGAGUAAAAAAUAUGGACAUAAGGAAAAGUUGAAUUACAAGUAUUAUCUGAAGGAGGCACGCCCCAGCAUGGCUGCAUACGUAUUGUUGAAUCCUGAAGGGAAGCGAGCUAAUUUAUCAUCCAAAAUGAAAUCAAAAAUUUCGUUUCAAGCCCACGCAUUUGCUCUACAGAACCUCGACAAGCCAGAAAUAAUUUCUAAUUGUAUCUGCUUCAUCGAGUUUCUCGGCGUUGACUCUGAGCGCUUAAGGCUCCACGCAACUGCUGCAGACUACGUCCAGAGUAAACUGAACAUUUCAAUGAAUGACCUCCUUGAGUCUGUGGCCUAUCAGAACACACGAGAUUUGGGGAUUCUUCUAGAUUACUUGGAACAGAGUUUUGCAGUAGAAUUUACCUCAGUGUCAAUGGACAACGUGACUGAUUUCAUUCAGAGCUUGAAAUCUUGGGAAUUUGUUGUGAGAUUUGCAAGAGUUCAUAAUGCACGUCUCCCAGUGUCUUUUCUGAAGGAUUUGGCAAGAGGAAAUCAUUGGUUCGAGUUUGUCUUGGUUGGAAAUAUCUUUCGGUAUCCGUUAGAGCAGAUGUUGGAAAACGCUGCAAACUUCGAAAACGCAACGAUCCGGGAACAUCUUCUGAUAUCUCUGAAUAACUCUCACCUAAACCAUCCGGCUAUUCAAAGAUCGAAAUUAUCUAGGCAAGGCCAGCGAAAGCACAGUCACAGUCUCCCUAGGCACUCCCCCACGAUGCCCACCCAGGUAUCCCUAGAGUCCCCUGUGAAAACUGGCCAGUGUGUUCCAUUCAACCAGAACACUCCGUUCGAUCUGGACCUCUGGCUAACAAUUCUGAAGUGUCACCAGAGUCAAGACCCCCCUGGAGCCCUUCUGAAAGCAGCUCGAGUAACAUCCUCUUCAGUAAUGAUCCUGUUAGCAGCUUGCUACGAACCUUCCUCAACAGCCUCCUACUGCUAUUCCUGGCUUGUUAUCUCCGUCGAGAACGAACACCUUCUUACAGCCUACUCCGAUUGUCUGGACGACCAAAUCUGGCCAAUCCGAAGAAUCUCCGAGCUCUUCCGAAAGCUGGUGUCCCUGGGUUACAUCGAUACCCUCUCCAAAGGCUUCGAGAUCUUUCUGCCCGAGAAUCCUCUUCACCUAUUCUUCAAAUUCCUCCUCCAAUGCGCCAAAUCCUGUGAAUUCGAGGAGAGCCAAAAGAUACUCGUCGACUUUAUCAACACCUGUUCCACCUUCAAGAGUAACAAAACCAUCGAUUGGAAUGACUCAGAAACCACCUAUCUCAACAACGAGUACUGGAUUGCAACAGUCUGCAUCGAGUGCAUUAUAUCUUCUCUGAACUCAAAUUUUCGCAGUACGCAUCUCCAGCAGAAGUUCCUAACCCUCCUCGUCGACUGCAAUUUCAACGAAGAGGUACACAUCCGUGAGCCUGACUUCCAGUCCCUCCUGGAGAUUAUCACGAUCCUAUCAAAAACCUCAGUAAAAAUUGAUUUCGAACAGAUUAAACUGACUGGGGAAGAAUUCACAGUGAUUCAAGAGGUUGAACGUUGCAUAAGAAAUCUGGUGGAGAUUGAAGCCUUCUCGCAUGCCCUCGAACUAUCGAAAAUUGUACACCUCCCUUGUUCCAGCAUCAUCCUCGAGCAGUAUCGAACCGAAUUCCAGAAACAUCUGCGCAAUACUCCGAUUAAAUCAGACUCAGUGUUCUGGAAAAAAUGUGCCUACGACAUUAGGAAGUACGAGGUCAGCUUCGAGGAGGCAGUUUCAUUCUUCAUAGAACAUGCAGAGAAGGUUGAAUCGUACAAGGAGAGGUACGAGAUUCUGGAGCUUGCCCUGAGAACAUUGAAGCCAAUCUCUACCGAUCAGCAAACAAUUGACACUGUCGAGAUGGCGAUGUGGAAAGCCUGCAUCCUGGCAGGUCCAAUUGCCAUAGAGAUCGUGAGGGAGAAAAAACACUUCAAUAAACUUAAGACUGAAUUACUCUCUGGGAUCAGUAACCUGAGGGUGAGUUGUUCGUUGAACGAUCACUCUGAAGAGAAGGCCAUUGAGGCCCUCAUCAAUCGAUUUCUGGAUGUUGACGACUUAGAGACCUCUCUCAGAAUCUCCGCCAUUUUUAAUUAUAAACAUAAAGACCUGCAGAUUUUGAUGCUGUGUUUGUCUGUGGCUGAGGGGGAAUUAUCCCCUUAUCAAUUGUCCCCUCAGCAUCAAUUAUUGUUGGAGGGUUCUGACAUUAAGAAGACUAAUCAGAUCUCCACGUUGACGAAUCGAGGGCCUCAGAGAAGGCUAUCCUCUUCUUCUCUAACUCUCCCUUCACCACAUUCCACUAGUGAUGGAAAUGAUUCAACCUCAACGUACCACCAGCAAUUUGAUAGCCUCGUGUUGUUGGAAAAAUUGGUGAAGAAUCUCGAUCAUGGUGAAGACAUGGGGCGUAAGAUCCUGGUGCUUUAUAAAUUAUCGCUGCACCUGAAGAGGAAUUACAGAUCAUUGCUGAUGACUCGGGAUCCUAUGGAGCUGCUUUUCGAAAUCACAAAUGUCAAUCAUUCAGAUAAGUUUGCCUUAAUGAAGGAGGUCAUCGUGGCCUAUAGGAUACAGAGUGCUGCAGUCACGAAGUUCUGGGCUGGGGAACUUCUUUUGCAUCUUACGAGGCAGGUCGAGGAGAAUCUGGACGAGUCCAUGCUGAUGUGGGGAUAUCCCCUGGAAGUCACCUUCACGUUGUCAACGAUUUUGUGUAACGAUGCUUCACUGUUAGGAUGGGAGCUCCUGAAGGCCGUGACAAUGAGGUUGGGACAGUCUCUCGCGGCACGGAGGGAUGUCUCCAUCCUUAAGAUCGUAGUGGAGUUAUUGAUCAAAGCUCAUCACUGUUUUACUGUGGCCUGCAGCAUGGAGGGAAUUGCUUCUGUCCUCAGGAAGUGUCAACAGUUGUCUAACACUCUUCAGAGCUUAAAACUCUGGAGUUUAUUGGUGAGAUUGGUGACUGGUGUUGGCCGAUUCACUGAGAUGAAUUAUAUCCUUCAAAUUUUGAAGGAGAAUGAUCAAUUUGAGUUUUUGCUUGGGAUUGGGACCGAUAAGAUUUCAGGACUGAAAAUUGCACUAUUGGAGUUCUGUAAGAAACAGUAUCCUGAUGAUAAGGAACUAUUUACCCUGGUGUCCCAUCAUUUUCGAUUGUACAACGAGAUUGCUGUUAUGUGGGAGAGCGAGGCUACCGGGAUCAUCCGGGAGUUGAUUAGGGAGACGAGGAGGGAGAAUGUCAGGACCUUGAUGAUGAAUCAGAGUAUCAAGUUCACAAGAAAUGAUGGGACUGAGAGAAAGCUCCAAUGCGCAAUUACCAAUUACACUCAUGCUACCGAAUAUUAUUUAAGGGAUAACAAGUUGAAUCUUGCGAACCGGUGUUGUCAUCAGGCCCAGCUAGUGGCUCUUCAGGUAUCUUUGCUUAAUGGAGUAGCACAGGGGCAGCAAGCCACUUGUCUACUGAAUCUGACUACCGAUGAGAUCAACAGGGUCAUUUGUCAAUCCCUCAGCUUUCCACAGUCUUUGAUUCUUGUGCAAUCCUAUGGGUAUAAUGCUGAUUGGUCCAGUGCCAUUUAUCAACAUGUGAUCAUUCAUGGGGAGGGCAAGUAUCUCAAGGACUUCUUGGCUUCCAAGAGACUUACGAGUGCUAUUGCUCAGGACUGUGUUUGCAGAUAUAGAACUGAGAAAGUCAUAACUAAGCAGAUGACGAUGAAUAUGCAGAGUUUAAUCACAGAAUUGAAUGAUAUCGAAGCUAAGUACGUAUUAGCAAGUCAGCUGGGAUUUAAGGAGAUUGUCGAGGGAUUAUUGACAAACGAUACCACCGGAUCUUACUUGAAAGACACUGUUUGGAAACAAGGUGUGAAUCCUCAGGAAUUCAUCGGCGAAUCAUUUCGCGGUUGAUGUUAUUGUUUUGCAAAUACAAAUAUAUAUUUUAAUCAACAAGCCAACAUUGUAUUAUACUUCUAAUUGUAUACAUUUUUAUAUUAAACAAUUUCGUACUGAAUAUAUAUUACUCUAUGUACUACUGUCUAA